GGCGCAUAGGCCCUGGUCUUCAGCCUUGUGUCUGGCCUCUAUCUCCUUUCAACCGCUCCCACUUUUGCCUCCCCAACUAACUAUUCUACUUCCCCAUCUCCCUGCUGCUUCAUGCACCCCGCACACCUCUUCUGUACCUACCUAAGCUACGGAGUAUAUUUUUGUCUUAACAAUUAGAAAGAAGUCAACUUGGAUGCUUUGGUCCACCAUAGUUACUAGGCAUUAAUAGUUGAUAAGAGACCCUUUCAACACCUGUUCCCCUCACUGAUUGUGUUCACUGUUCUGCGCAGCGCAAUCCUCUAUUUUUUCCCGUCGCCUGCAAAACCCCAGUUGCACAAUUCAUUAAUGGAUUCAAGGCUUAUCCAAAAUCUCUACCUAUCUCCUUCGUCAAAUUUCUCUAGAAGGCCCUGAGGGUAGUUCAACAAUGGGAUCUCACAAUGGUGGUAGAAGCUUUUUUCGCCGGCUUCAAAAAUUCAAGCCAGACUACUCUGCUAGCACUUUUACGCACUACGAGUCUGAAAGGACUGGAAUGAGAGCCGUGGUUAUAGAUCAAAAGGGACCCAAAGUCUAUGGAUACUUUGUGCUUGCAACGGAGAUUCAUGAUGAUUCCGGCUCACCCCACACCCUAGAGCAUUUGUGCUUCAUGGGCUCAAGAAAUUUCCGAUACAAGGGCUUCCUUGAUAAGCUGGCUACCAGACUCUAUUCUGACACAAACGCGUGGACUGCCACCGACCAUACGGCCUACACCCUCGAUACUGCAGGAUGGGAAGGUUUCUCCUUGAUCUUGCCAAUAUACCUAGAACAUAUCAUCGCGCCCACACUCACCGAUGCUGGAUGUUAUACCGAGGUAUAUCAUAUUGACGGUACUGGCCACGAUGCAGGCGUGGUAUACUCUGAAAUGCAAGGCGUGCAAAAUCGCUGUUCUGAAUUGAUAGAUUUACGAUGUCGUAGACUGCUGUACCCAGAAGGCGUAGGCUUUCGCUAUGAAACUGGUGGAAUGAUGGAGCAGCUCCGAGUUCUCACAGCAGAACGCAUUCGUGCUUUCCACAAGGAAAUGUAUCAGCCGAAAAACCUGUGCCUGAUCAUUGUCGGAGAAGUGGACCAUACCGAUCUUCUCUCUGUCCUGGAUAAGUUCGAAGAUACGAUUUUGGACGUUAUUCCUAGCCCUAACGCUCCCUUCCAGCGCCCAUGGGUAGAAUCUACUCCAACACCGCCCCUUCAAGCGUCUGUCAUCGACACCGUCGAAUUUCCAGAGGAGGAUGAGUCCUUUGGUGAAAUCGAGAUCCGAUUUCUGGGGCCAGAUUGCAAUGACCGUGUGCAGAGUGCCGCACUUAAUGUCGCAUUAUUGUAUCUUGCCGGGUCAUCAGCUGCGCUCCUAGAAAAUGUGCUAGUCGAAAAAGAGCAUGUUGCUACGGCGGUUUACUAUAUGACAGAUGAGAGACCUCGGACAGAAAUCCGCUUUACCCUAACUAGCGUUGCGACUGAAAGUUUGCAUGAUGUGGAGCGCCGAUUUUUUGAAGUCCUUAGAGGAGCUAUGCAAGAGCAAAUUGACAUGAAAUACAUGCGCGAGUGUAUCCAAAGGCACAGGCGUAACUGGAAAUUUGCGACGGAGAACUCGGCAUCCUCGUUUGCAGACUAUGUCGUAAAUAGUUUCCUAUUUGGCGACAAAAACGGAUCCAGACUUCUCGACGUCGCAACCCUGCAAGAAUACGAAGAGUUGGAGUCGUGGCAUGACAAUCAAUGGCGAGGAUUCAUUAAGCAGUACAUGGCGGACGCUCCCCAUAUUUCAGUGCUUGGUGUUCCCUCCGCGAAGCUUGCCGCCAAAUUGAAAGCUGAUGAAGAGGCGAGAAUUGAAGAGCGAAAGCGAAAGCUCGGAGAGAAAGGAUUGAAAGAACUGGCUGAUAAACUAUCAAAGGCAAAGGCUGAAAACGAUAAGCCAAUACCCCGUGAAAUCCUGGCUAAAAUUCAGGUCCCGGAUACGGAUUCAAUCCAUUUUGUCCAUACAACAACGGCUAAAUCAGGCCAUGCGUUGAAAGGAGGGCGACCUAACAACAAAAUCCAGCAGUUGAUAGACUUGGACGGUAUGGAUUCGCCGAUGUUCAUCCAUUUCGAGGAUAUAAAUAGCAAUUUUGUCCAGUUCUCCUUGGUGAUUUCCACUCAAGGCGUGCCCGUAGAGCUCCUCCCCUUGCUGUCGGUCUACACCGAAACUUUCUUCAGCCUUCCAAUUGACAGAAAUGGUGAGCGUGUCUCGUUUGAGCAGGUGAUAGUUGACCUCGAAAGAGAUACCGUCGGAUAUACCAUGGACGGCAGCCCUGGAAAUUCUGAGAUGCUGGCAAUAACAUUUCAGAUUGAGUUGGAGAAAUAUGAGACUGCUAUCUCAUAUCUGAAGGAGCUAACAUGGAAUUCGAUUUUUGAUCCCGAACGUCUCAUUGCUGUUACGACUAGAUUAUUCUCGGAUGUUCCAGAUGCAAAGCGAAGUGGAAGUGGCAUGGUCGGCGGCGUUCGUUAUAUGGUCCAAUACGCUCCAGAGUCUAUUGUUCGGGCGAGGUCAACAUUGGUGAGAGCUAAGUACUUGAAGCGCAUCAGCAAACUUCUUGCAAAGGAUCCAGAGAGCGUUGUGCAGCGGAUGGAAUUGAUCAGGAAAGCCCUAUUCCAGCCCGAAAAUCUGCGAAUCCUUGUCAUUGGUGAUCUGGAAAGACUCCCAAAUCCGGUUUCAUCUUGGAAACCAUACAUUGAAGGUCUUGAUAUGUCAAAGCCGCUGCUGCCUCUCGUUAAACAAAGUGAACGGCUUAGCGACGCUGGAAAAGCACCUGGACAACUUACAUACAUAGUACCGAUGCCAACUAUCGAUACAUCUCACGUGAAUGCAAGUGCCAAAGGGUUGAAUUGCUACGAUCACCCUAAACUGCCGGCACUUAUGGUCGCUAUUGCUUACAUGAAUGCGGUGGAGGGCCCCUUAUGGGUGGCCGUGCGAGGCACUGGUCUAGCCUACGGGGCGAGCUUUAGGCAUAAUGUUGAAACUGGCCUUAUCCACUUCAACAUUUAUCGCUCACCCAACGGUUUCAAGGCAUUUGAGGCAGCAAAGAAAAUCGUGGAUGAUCAUUUAUCUGGAGUCGCAGCGUUGGAUCCCAUGAUGUCACUUGAAGGUGCCAUCAGCACCAUUGUGGCCGGCUUCGCGAACGAGCAAGCCACAUAUAUUCUUUCAGCACAGGAGAGCUACAUCCGACAGGUAAUUCGGAACCUUCCUCCAGAUUAUAAGGAAGCUCUUUUGAAGAAAGUACGGGCUGUCACCAUUGACCAACUGAAGGAAUCACUCCGAGAGAUGGUCUUCCCAGUUUUUACCCCUGGUAGCUCAGAUAUUGUGGUAACAUGUGCUCCUGUACUUGAAGAGAGAAUUAAAACCGGAUUUGAAUCUCUAGGGUUUAAACCGGAAGUGCAGCCUCUAAAAUAUUUCGAAGAUGACUAUGGACUACAGCUGGACGACGAUGAAGAGGACGAGGACGAGGACGAGGACGAUGAGGAUGGUGGUUUAGACAGUGACACUGGAAGUGAAGAAGACGAGGAAUAGGCGCAUCGAGACUAUGGAUGACGUGAAGAUAGAAGGAACAAAUGCAUAAAUUAGUUAGCUAGCAAACAAAUCACGAGAAGAAAGCCAGCGAUGUGGUGUGCAUA